CAUACAUAUGGCGAUCAGCUGUGAAGCGGGCAUGUGUGCGUGUAAAUCGAAACCCGUGAGUCGCAAAUAUACAUGUGUCAGUAUACAUCAUUAUCAGUGGAAAAUAACAUCUUUCGCCGGCGCGUGGUUCAUACAUACCUCCCGAAUUCGAAUUUAGCCGGUAAUUAUAAAAACAUUACUUUGAACUUUUGUUUCGUGAAUGUAUGAAAUUGUGAAUAGAAAGACAGAGGGGGGGCUAUGCGUGAAUAUCGUGUUCGACGAAAGACGCGUAUAGAAAAAAAGUAACGCAACGUCUGUCGAGAUAAACACUGGUAUAAUAAUAUAUAGGCGCAAUAUAGGCGCGGCGAUAACGCCUGUACUGCGCUUUUGACGCUCGCACGAAUUGCGUGCCGGUCACGCGUUGGACUCGUUUGAAAUUCAGUGAUUGCAGCGCAGGAUCGAAAGCUCGAACGAGUGUAGCAGCAACAGGUGUUGCAGAAUUAAUUUUUAAUCAUCGUUAAAUUUUUGUCGUUGUAAUUCGUUCGAUUACCAAUUGCAAUAUCAGUGCCUCGGUUACGUAAAACUUAAAGAUUGCGUAAUUUUACACAGGCAUCUCCGGUGCCACAAUUAGUACAGGUAGCCCGUAAAACUCACGAGUAAUGAUGGAAAGCCGGAGCAUGUGGAGUCAGGGCUGUCACCCGAGCAAGCGCAAGACGUGCAUCGGCGUGGUGCUGCUCGCGGUCGUCAUCGGCUCGGUACUGCUGGCCUACACGACUCUGGCCGCCAAGCCCGCCAGGGACCCGGCGCUCAGGAAGGUCUUCGUCGUUUUUCGACACGGCGAUCGCACGCCCACCGAGACCUAUCCCAACGAUCCGCACAUCAAUUAUCCCUGGCCCGGUGGCUGGGGUGCGCUCACCAAGCUGGGCAUGAGGCAGCUUUACAAACUCGGCGGAUGGCUGCGCGAGGAAUUCGGCUGGAUCGUCGACCAUAAAUACUCGCCGGCGAGCACAAUGGUGCAGAGCAGCUAUGCGGAUCGCUGCAUCAUGUCGACGCAGGCCCUGCUGGCCGGCCUCUUUCCCGUCGACGACGAGGAAGCCUUUGUUCCGGGACUCCACUGGCAGCCCAUACCCGUGCAUUACACGCCCAGAGCACUGGACAAACUCAUCAACGUGAAAUACCCGUGCCCGAGAUUGGAAGCGGCUCUCCAGGAGGCUUACCGCAACGAGUCGUUGAAGAGCGGCGCCGAGCUCGAGUCCUACUACGAGCAGCUAAGCAACAUCACCGGCCAGACGAUCAAGACCGUGACCGACGUUGAGUUUCUCUACAACACCCUGGAGAUCGAGGACUUUUACGGCCUGGAGAUACCACCUGCGUUGAAGAAGUUGUACGAGGAGCCGUUGAUGCGCAAACUGGCCGCCGUCAGCUACACAAUGUUCACGAGCAAUACCGUGGCGCAGAGGCUACGCGGUGGUCCGAUGCUCAAGCACAUUCUCGAUAUCGCCAAUAGCGCCGACGACGGCAAGUCGGGACGAAUGUUUUUGUACGGCUCGCACGACAUCAACAUCGUCAAUAUGCUCAGGGCCAUGGGUUUCACCGACGAGCUGUUCAAGCUCGAGCUCGGCGUCUCGCUGAUUUUCGAGCUGCGAGCCGUCGACGGCGGCCAGUCGCAAGAAUUUCGAAUUUCGAUGCUGAACAAUACGGACGCGAAGGUGCCGCACAGGCUGAGGAUACGCGGCUGCGAGGACCGAUGCCUCGUCGAGGACUUGUACAGGGUCUGGAACGAUACUCUGCCCGAGGACUGGGAUAAGGAGUGUCAGCUUUGAUGGUGGUUGAUGGAUGACGAGGCUCGUGAUUUUUGCCGAGCCAACGAUGAUAACGUCCCCGGUCGAGAGGUAGACGAGACGAAUGAGGAACAUUGUAAAUACGCAGGCGAUGAUUGAAGAAAGUGUAUAUACUUGCAUUGUUACUUAAGAAAAUAACUUUGAGAUUUUUUUAUUAAUCGAUACGUUGAGUAUUUAAAAAAUGUCUAAAUGUACUUUACCUAAAUGCUCGAUUAAAAUAGUCAUUAAAAAAAAUAUGUUUAAAAUCUAUAAGCUGCAGUUGUAUAAAAAUAGCUGCGAGCUGCGAAACUUUUUUUAACAUUUUUUGUAAAUAAAACUGCAAUAAAAUUAAAA